CGGGUAUCACAAAUGGCUCUGAAGAAUGACUCUUCAGUGACUGAAUUCAUUCUCACAGGAUUGACAGACCAACCUGAACUCCAGCUACCCCUAUUUGUUGUAUUUCUGGUGAAUUAUGUAGUUACUGUGGUGGGAAACUUGAGUUUAAUGGGUCUUAUUUUCCUAAAUUCAAACCUGCAGACCCCCAUGUACUUUUUUCUCUUUAAUCUAUCCUUCAUUGAUUUAUGUUAUUCAUUUGUGUUUACUCCCAAAACACUAAUGAGUUUUGUCUUGGAGAAGAAUGCCAUCUCCUUUGGAGGAUGCAUGAGUCAGCUGUUUUUCUUCUGUUUUUUUGCCCACUCUGAGUGUUAUGUGCUGACAGCCAUGGCCUAUGAUCGAUAUGUAGCCAUCUGUCAACCCCUGAUGUACAUGGUUAUCAUGUCUCCUAGGAAAUGUUCCCUGUUGAUGACUGGUUCAUACUUGAUGGGGUUUAUUGGUGCCAUUGUCCAUACAGGGUGCAUGAUCAGUCUCAACUUUUGUGAUUCUAACAUCAUCAACCACUACCUAUGUGACAUCCUUCCCCUUCUCCAGCUCUCCUGCAGCAGCACCUAUGCCAAUGAGCUUGUGAGCUCUAUUGUUGUCAGCACAGUAGUCAUUGCAUCUAGCCUUAUCAUAUUAAUGUCCUAUGCUUUCAUUCUUAUUAAUGUCACUAAAUUGUCAUCAGGUAAGGGUUUGUCCAAAGCCAUGAGUACCUGCAGUUCUCACAUAAUAACUGUUGCUCUAUUCUAUGGAUUUGGUAUGCUUACACAUAUCAAAACAUCAUCUGAUGAAUCUGUGCCUCAGGGCAAAAUUCUCAGUAUAUUUUGUACAUUUUUGCUGCCCUUGUUGAACCCUUUUAUUUACAGUCUCAGGAAUAAGGAUGUCAAACUUGCUCUAAAGAGAACUAUGGGGAGAUUCACAGUGAGUGAACCACUGGGGCUGCCCUAG